AUGGCACAGAGAAAAAGAAGGAAUGAAAAUUAUUGGGGCUCACACUCCGCCGCUGAUUUGCACUGGGUGUCUUUUCGCUGCUCCAUUUUCCUGUCCUUCGCUCAUCGCAAUGGAAGAAGAAUUGCGGCACUUGUCAUUGGCAAUGGCUCCGACAUGUGCAAAGCUGGCUUUGCUGGCGAAGCCGUUCCCAGGGCCGUGUUUCCUGUGUUUCCUUCAAUCCUCGGGCGUCAUGGUGGACACGGGCCCGAAGACUCGUAUGUGGGCUGGGAUGACAUGGAGAUCUGGCAUCACACUUUCUACAAUGAACUGCGAGUGGCCCCAGAGGAGCACCCGGUGCUUCUCACCAAUACCCCCCUGAACCCCAAAGCAAACAGAGAGAAGAUGACGCAGAUAAUGUUUGAAACCUUCAAUACCCCUGUCAUGUACAUGGCCAUUCAGACGGUGCUGUCCUUGUAUACAUCUGGGCGCACCACUGGCAUUGUCACGGAAUCUGGAGUAUGA